AUGGCGUUAGAUCUCGCAGGUCUUGCCAAGAUGAGGAUGGAAGAACAAAUAGCCAUAGAAGAAGCAGCUUCCGCUGGAUUGAAGAGUAUGGAGCAUCUCAUUCGUGUCCUUUCUUCUCAGAUCCCUUCUUCUUCUUCUGCUUCUUCGUCUUCUUCAACACACCACCACCGUCUUAAUCUCAAUCACCUUGACUGCACGGAAAUCACCGACUUCACUGUCUCCAAGUUCAAACAAGUCAUCAACUUGUUGAAUCGCACUGGUCACGCUCGCUUUCGCCGCGCACCUUCUCAUCCUUCUUCCUCCGUUUCUCUUCCUUCUCCUCCCCCUUCUCUUCCUUCUCCACCACAACCUCAGCCUCAAAAACUUACUCUAGAUUUUGCCAACCCUAAGGUUAAGUCAAAUCCCAAUCCUAACCCCUCUUCCACAGAUUUGUCGGUUUCUCAAUAUUCCAAGACCAAAGAAACCACCUUUACCAUAUCCCCUCCUAUGUCGACCACUACCUCCUCCUUCAUGUCCUCCAUCACCGCCGAUGGCAGCGUCUCCGACGGCAAGAUCGGCCCCGCCAUCAUCGCCGCCGGGAAGCCCCCUCUCUCCGCAUCACACAGAAAGAGGUGUCACGACGCCACCCUCUCAGCCGGCAAAGCCUCAUCCUCGGUCCACUGCCAUUGCUCCAAGAGAAGGAAAUCUCGUCUGAGACGAAUGAUUCGAGUGCCGGCGAUAAGUUCGAAGAUUGCCGAUAUCCCAGCGGACGAGUACUCGUGGAGAAAGUACGGUCAAAAACCCAUCAAAGGAUCACCCUACCCACGAGGGUACUACAAGUGCAGUAGCGUGCGAGGGUGUCCAGCGAGGAAGCACGUGGAGCGAGCCCAAGAUGACCCCAACAUGCUAAUCGUUACCUACGAGGGAGAGCACCGUCAUCCGCAACCGCGUCUGCCGGAAACCUCCGAGGGCGCUGCCAUGGCUUUCAGCGCUCAGGCUGUUUAA